AUGGUUGUACGUUCUUAUUUCACCGACGAUAGACGCGUACUUCCUUUCGACAAAGUCAUCGAACUUGAACGUAUCGAUGAUUGGACGUUUCGCUCGAUCGUCAAAGCUUACUCACCAACUGGCGGCGAGAACGGAACGUAUGGAGGGCACGUGUUUGCUCAAGCUGCAUGGGCUGCGGCGCAAACCGUUAAGGAAGGGUUCCUUAUCCACAACAUCACCGGAUGGUUCAUCCUAGGUGGUAAGCCUAAUGAACACUACACAUACCGUGUUAGAAAGAUCCGAGACGGCUACAACUAUUGCACCCGAAAUGUUACCGUGAGCCAAGUCGCGGCUCAUGGAGAUAUGUUUACAUGUACCUGCUCGUUCAAGCGAGAAGAGAGCUCACUUCUCGACAUGCAGGAGCAUGUUGAUCUGAAAGAGAUGUACAGGGACGCACUAGAAGUCAGAGACGAUGAGCCAAUGGAACAUGCUGCGGCUCCGAGUAACGACUCCGAGUAUUUCCGCGAAACGUACCUCCCAGCUCACCCAAAUCACUUCAAUCCUAUUGCUGGCUUACACAUCCGCAAGGUUGACAUGGCCAACUACAAUCGCAGCCGGCACCCGCUCGAUCGAAAACAAUUAACCUUCUACACACUCCGCGGCUCACUACCGUUGCCUACCGCGCCAUAUCCGCCCCCGUCAGAUUCCAUCAAGAAACCGACUUUGACGCGUGAGGCUAACAUGCACGCUUGUGCACACUUGUACGCAUCGGACCGUAACUCGCUCUUCAUCGUCCCAAACCAUCUCGAUCGGCCUCGAGAUUACACUCGCAUGGCAUCCCUAUCUCACAGCGUCAUCUUCCACGUUGGCAUCAAAGAUCUUAUAAUGCCAUCUGAGCCGCGGAUCGACCACCCAAACGCCGAUCCGACAUUAUGGGAGGAUGGCGCGCUACCACUUUGCAACCUAGAGAGCCAUAAGGGUGGCGAUAAAGACGGACGGAAGUGGUUUGUGCAGGAGGCUUGGCUUACUCGAGCUACAGGCGGGAGGGCGCUGCAUACUAGUCGUAUGUGGGACUACGAACGUGGCGUACACAUUGCAACGACCUUUCAAGAUGGAUUAAUCAGAUUCAAGGAUGAUGCGAAGCUCUGA